AUGAACGCUCCGCAUCGUCCUCCGGCCCAGCCUGUGGCCUUGCCGCCGCAGCGGCCGCAGGUUGGCAUUGAGCGCUUGCCGACUCGCAAUGUCACCACGGAGCCCCGCGAGUCCAUGAACUGCAAGUCUUGCCGGAAGCGAAAGGUGAGUUUCUGCUUUUGCUGCCUCCUCGCGCCCAAGUUCUUUAUCAAGUGUAAUCGCCUUCGCCCUUCUUGUGAGGCGUGCUUGGUGUUUCAAUGCCCAUGUGUAUACGAUGCCGUACCGAAGAAGCGUGGGCCAAAGACAGAUGUCUUGGAGGCCCUCUUGAAGAGGGUGGAUGGGUUGGAAGCCAAGCUCAAGGAGAAGAAUGCCGAGGGCGAGCAGGCUUCCUCGUCAUCAGCCACAACAAAACAAGAACCAUCAACAGCUGGAUCAUCAACAUCAGCAAAGAGGCAGCCGGCCGAGCGAGACAUUGCGGAACCUGUUGCCAAGCGCAGGGCCACCGAAGAAAAUACAACGCCCAAUGUCACCGAGCUGCCGCUUUAUUCUCCACAGACCUCAACAGCUGGGGACCCCGCCACCCCUUCUGUACAAACAGACGCUCUUCUUGAUACAUACUUUAAUCGCUUCCACAAUAAGCCGUUUCACAUUUUCGACGAGUCGUUGAUCCGAAAACGCAUUAAUCAAAACCAGCUCCCUCCUUUCCUCUUCGACGCCAUUGCCGCAGUCGCCGCUAGGCACACACCGCAUCCUCUUGGUUUCCGGGCGGCUGUCAAGCUAGGCGAUGAAUAUGCCUCUCGUGCCAGGAGUGCCAUUGACAUCGAUGAGCCUUCCAUUGAUAAUCUCCAAGCCAUUGUUCUGUUGGCGAUUGCAUUUACUGCCUCAGGCAAGGGUAGGAAGGCCUUUAUGCUAAUAACAAAUGCCAUUGGCAUGAUCAUGGCACUCGAAUUGCAUCGUGAGGUAGAUCAACAAGCACAGGUAACCACGACGGAACGGGAAACGCGAAGGCAGCUCUUCUGGUCAUGCUAUCUCCUGGAUCGCUUUUCGGCCUCCGGUUCCAAGCGCCCAUCACUCAUUAGUGACGACUCUAUCGCAUUGCGACUCCCAUCAUGGUAUUCAGCGGCCUCUAAUCUUCAUAUGGAUGGUGAUUUCUUCCUCUGCGGAUCAAAUCUGCAGUAUUUUCAGGGCAGUGGCAAGAAGUCCCAGGGCACCUCAGGUAUGCUUAUCGACAUAACGCGCAUUCUCGGCGUGACCAAUCGAUAUCUGGCUGCUGGAGGCGUCAAGGGUGAUUCCCAUUUUCCUUGGCACUCGCUAUCAAAUCUAUCCAAAAUAAGGCAGGAUCUAGAUGUGUGGGCAUCCGGUACCGACGGCAUAUUCGCCUCGAUGGAGGUUCUCUUUGGUCAACAUGAUUCGACUACUCUCGUCUUAUGCAAGCUCAUAUAUCAUCUCAUCCAUUGCUUGAUCUACCGACCCUUCCUCCCCAUCAGCCUGGCCGAAUUGGCGGGAAAUGGGCAGCACCAGUCAUGGCAGAUCGAAGCGACCAACAUGUGCUUCUUCCAUGCGAAUGCCAUUACGGAGCUCGCCGAGGUUGGUAGACAGUUGCAGACUAUUGAGUGGCCGUCGUUUGUCGGCUAUUGCAUCUGUACCGCCGGCACCGUUCACAUCCACGGUGCGCACUACGGCAAGCAAGGCACCAGCGGCGAAAUUAGUGUCUUCAGCUCUUCUUCGGAUUUCUUGUCCCGAGAGAUGCAGCUGUUGAGCGACCUGCGGUUCACAUGGGCCAUUGUUCAGCACCAACGGGAUAUGCUCCAGCGACUCUACGAAGCACACAGAGAGCUCGUAAAGACGAUUACCGGCAGCGCAAUGCGGUAUACGCCCGGCUUCCAGCUCGAGGACUUUUUCGAUAGAUAUUCCAACAUUGGUGGGCCUGGUGGACCGACUUUCCAUUUCGAUACAGCGAAUCUCAGCCUAGCGGACGAAUUGGUUGACUACUCCAACGAACCGACUCCUUUGCCUGAUAUACAAUCUCCUUGGCCUACCGAAAACAGGCCAAAUCUCAAGCGGAAGACCACUUCACAGUCUUCCAUCCAGGGUAUACCUCUACCCCUCACACCUACGAUGACAGUGACAAGCUAUCCCCGCCAGUCCGUAUCCAUGCAGGCUGGCUUGAUGCCGGCGCCGUCAACGCCCGGAGUUGGCGCCAUGGCUGAGAUGUUGCCCACUCACAUGGAGACCCCGCGGCAGCAGCAUCACAUGGGUGCCAUGCGCAGCACUGUAGAUGUCACUACGGCCGCCCACCCUGCCAUGGCUGGCUUUGGUCUUGGGCAUCCUACCCACGCUGGCGCAGGAGGCAUGGCUUCCAUGGGCGGCAUGGCAUUCAACCCCGCCUUCAACUAUAACCUUGGACCUUCACAUGCAGCGGGCGGCGUCCCUCAACAGCAAGUCAUCAACGACGCCAGCGGAGGCUUCGACGCCAUGUUUGGAACGAUCGGACCAAGCGCUUUUAACAGCCCAGCUCAAUGGCAACCAGCGGUUGGCCAGGCGACACCGGGCGCCACGGCUCCCAGUCCCAGCACAAAGAGCAAUACGGGUAGCACGGGCACGACGGGAGGUGAAGAAAAGGACCCCUUUAUGAGCCUCUUGGAGCAGCUUGCCAACGAUGAGCAGCGGCAGAAUAGCGGGUUGAAGAGCGAGCUUGAUUUCUUCUUGACGGGCAGCAGCACUUCAUGA